UGAUCCUCACGUCUCAGCUUCAUCUCCCACCUGCACGGAUCACCAGAGGUCUAGAAUCGAGCAGAGUUUAAGCUCCUCAGCAGGGCCUGAAGAUCUGUGAAAACUUUUUUCUUAUUAGCUGGAUGAACAAACCCUGCAUGGAGCACAGCAGCAGCGCAGAGGAUGCCUGUAUCUCCACACAAGGAUGUGUGGAGGAUGUUAGAACCCAGGACUCGGUCAUGUAUGAAAUCCCACUGCAGAAAAAAAGGGACAAACUGCCUUUUCAGAUCUUUCCAGACCCGGUAGAGGUGGUGCUGCAUCCAGAGGGAACUCUGGGAUGUGUCCCUCAGGGGAAACAGCGUCUGCCCUCCAUCGUGGUCGAGCCGACGGACAUCAGCGAGGUGGAGAGCGGCGAGUUGCGCUGGCCUCCAGAGCAGGAAGACUCUGAGGAUGAAGACCUGUUUUUGGAGCAGUGCAUUCCACCAGCUAACAUUGCUGACUGGGGGGAGGAGGAUGAAGAUGAAUCCAUCAUCAUCAACCAUCAGCCAAGCACCUCGCUGUUGGAGCUCCAGACAGAUGAUUUCAGAGAUAACACCCCAACUCUUCUUCCUGAGAAUGCUCCUGCGCUAAACUGAACAUCCACACCACCCUCAGUGCUGCCCCUGAUCAAGAGAGUGCAUUUGGUCCAAUUUAAAGAACUUUUUGUUUAAGAAAUUUUUUAAAGCAGGACUCAAUCUGCACCCAGGCCAUGCAAUGAACAGUGCUGACUGGAACGAGGAACUAAUGCAAGCCUUCUAUGACAUCAGUUAUCCUGCUCGUGUGUCAGUAAACUGCACAUUCUGUGCCAACAGUUUUCAUUGUUGUGAGCAUCACCGCAACUUGCAUUUCCUGUUCCUCUUUCACUGACCUUUUUAAUCUGUCAUUUCUGAUGCAGAAAAUCACUUAGUCAAUUGUCUUAGUAAAUAGGAUAUAAAUAACUUGCUUGCUUUUUCCCAGACAGUAGCAAAGACAUGGUAAAAUAACUGCCACAAAAGGAACACAAGUUACAGUUGCUUAGUUUACAGUUAAGAGGGAGAUCAACCAUGCUAAUUGUAGCUAGCUAGACACGACUGACUAGCUGUUUCUGUAAAUAAUUUACAGCCCUAAUUAGGAAUUUAGCUUCAUUAAAAAGUAAAAUAAAUAAUAUUUGAACUCAAUAUAAAGACAAGAACUAGCUAAGUACCUAUGUAAGUACAUUAUAUUGGCAAAAGUUUUGGGACGUCCGGCCUUACAUGCACAUGAAUGUAAUAUGGAGUUGUCCCGCCCUUUGCAGCUAUAACUGCUUCAACUCUUCUGGGAAGGCUUUCCACAAGGUUUAGGAGUGUGUUUAUGGGAAUUUUUGACCAUUCCACUAGAAGCACAUUCGUGAGGUCAGGCACUGAUGUUGGACGAGAAGGUCUGGCUCACAGUCUCCGCUCUAAUUCAUCCCAAAGGUGUUCUAUCAGGUUGAGGUCCGGACUCCAUGUCUUUAUGGACCUUGCUUUGUGCACUGGUUGGAACAGGAAGGGGUCAUCCCCAAACUGUUCCCAUAAAGUUGGGAGCAUGAAAUUGUCCAAAAUGUCUUGGUAUGAAGCUGAAGCAUUAAGAGAUCUUUUCACUGGAACUAAGGGGCAGAGAUCAACCCCUGAAAAGCAACACCUGAAUUCAAUGAUUUGGAGGGGUGUCCCAAUACUUUUGCCAAUAUAGUGUAGCUAGGCAAAAAUGUCUGUGUGUUAAUUACCAUCAGACCAUCAGGUAAAUCAUGCAGUUUAAGAUAUAUAUGAUGCUAGUCAACUAAUAAUUGCUAGUUAAUCUGCUAAUAGCUUGCAAAAUGAUUGCUAGCUACAGUACAGUAGCAUGAUUGAGCUUCCUACAGCUGUUCCUUACACUUGGGUUUCUUUUGCUACUAUCAAUGGACAAAAAAAAAAGAAAGAAAAAGAAAUAAAUAAAUGAUCCAGCCAAAGAAUCUGUAUAAUGUGGCGUUUUUGUUUGAAAAAUA